AUGCCGUUAUGGUGUCACAUAAGUAUUAUGGAAGUCGGUAGCAUCUCGCUGGAAUGUGGCGCAGUACCAUCUUUUCCUGUGGGUGGCAUUAAUUACUUGCCGAUCCCAUCAUGUCAACAGUCUUCGUCGUCCUCAGCGCACGGUUCAGCCUUCUCGUCACCAACUUUCUCCUCCCUUGCACCGUUGCUGAUCGGCUGUGAGGUCAUUUCUAUUCACUUUAUUACUGUGCAGAUCAGUUAUAGUAAAAACGAUUUGAAACUGCAAGAGCGAUUCAAAAUCAAUGAAUGA